AUGAAACGAUCGCUCAUUCUCUUGUCCGGCUUAUUGCCGGCCAUCGCCAGUGCCAAGCAGCCAUGCGAUGUGCUCAAGUACGUCGACCCCCUCAUCGGCACGCAAAACGGCGGAAACGUCUUCCCGGGCGCCACUCUCCCGUACGGCCUCGCCAAAGCCGUUGCUGAUGUCGACGGCCAAAAUACAGGCGGCUUUGGCACCGACGGCAGCAACGUCACCGGCUUCUCCAGCGUCCACGAUAGUGGCACCGGUGGAAACCCCAGCUUGGGCAACUUCCCCAUCUUUCCGCAGAUCUGCCCCGGCGACGACCUCAACAGCUGCUCCUUUCGCAUUGGAGACCGCAAGAGACACUAUGUUAACGACUCGGUCAAGGCUACACCCGGUCUCUUUGCCCUCGAGCUGGAGACGGGCAUUAAAGCGCAGAUGACGGUCUCUGAGCAUGCUGCUCUCUACGAAUUCACGUUUCCGCCAGGCGACGAGCACCCGCUAGUGAUGCUGGACUUGACCGAUCUGUGGCAGAGCAGACAGAAUGCCUCGAUUCGAAUUGACGAAAAGACGGGCCGCAUGACGGGCAACGGCACAUUCUUGCCGUCCUUUGGCGCCGGCUCGUACCAGAUGCACUUUUGCACCGACUUCUUUGGCGCAGACGUCCACGAUACUGGCGUCUGGGUGAACAAUCGAGCUGGUGACGAACCCAAGCAGCUCUAUGUUACUCGUGGCUUCAACCUGUUUUACCUGGAGGCUGGUGGUUACGCGCGCUUCAAGACAGGUGCUGAUCGCAAGCUUACCGUCCGCAUGGGCAUGAGCUUCAAAAGCGUCGGCCAGGCCUGCAGCAAUGCUGAAAAGGAAAUUUCCAAGCCUCUUGAGGACUUCAAUCGUCUGGUGGGAGCGGCUAAGAAUGCAUGGCGCGAGAAGCUGAGCCCCAUCUCCGUCAAGAGCGGCGGCGCUAGCGACAAUAUCCUCAAGAGCUUCUGGAGCGGUGCGUACAGAAACAUGAUUGCGCCGCAGAAUUACACGGGCGAGAACCCUCACUGGGAUUCUAGCAGACCGUACUUUGACUCGUUCUACUGCAUUUGGGACAGCUUCCGUGUCCAGCACCCCUUCUUGACGCUCGUCGAUCCCAACGCUCAGAUUCAAAUGGUCAACACGCUGCUCGAUAUUUACAAGUACGAUGGCUGGCUGCCAGACUGUCACAUGUCAUUCUGCAACGGCUGGACACAGGGCGGCUCCAACGCAGACGUUGUCAUUGCAGACGCCUACGUCAAGAAUCUGAGCUCAACUAUCGACUGGGACCUUGCUCUCAAAGCCGUCAUCAAUGAUGCGGAGAACGAGCCGCUAGAGUGGUCGUUCCAUGGCCGCGGUGGCCUUGCUAGCUGGAAGAAGCUGGACUAUAUCCCAUACCUCGACUUUGACCCUGCUGGCUUCGGCACAAAUUCUCGCAGUAUUUCCAGAACACUCGAGUAUGCCUACGAUGACUAUUGCAUUGCCAGCAUGGCGGGCGGUAUGGGCCAAAAGGACGUCGAGUCCAAGUUCCUGCGCACCAGCAUGAACUGGCGCAACCUCUGGAAGGCCGACCAGGUCUCGCUCAUUAACGGAACCGACACGGGCUUUAAGGGCUUCUUCCAGCCCAAGUAUCAAAAUGGUACCUGGGGAUACCAGGAUCCCAUUGCCUGCUCUGCUCUCGCUGGUUUCUGUUCAUUGACGUCUAACCCCAGCGAGACCUUUGAGGCCAGUGUCUGGCAGUAUCUCUUCUAUGUUCCUCACGACUCGGCUUCCUUGAUCGAGCUUCUUGGUGGCGAUGACGCCUUCAUCAAGCGUCUCGACUACUUCCACACCAUUGGCCUUGCAGACAUCUCCAACGAGCCUGUCUUCCUCACCGUCUACAUGUACCACUAUGCUGGCCGUCCUGCGCUCUCGGCGAAGCGCAUCCACACGUACAUCCCCAAGUCGUUCAACGCUACACCUGGCGGCUUGCCUGGAAACGACGACUCCGGUGCCAUGGGAGCCUUCUUCUUCUUCUCGGUGCUUGGUUUAUUCCCCGUUGCCGGCCAGAAUGUGUACCUCAUCAACCCGCCAUUCAUGGAGGAAAUCAGCCUCACACACCCCAUCACUGGCAAGAAGGCAACUGUCAAAUGCAAGGGUUUCGACGCCGCAUACAAGAACAUUUACAUCCAGAGCGCCACGCUCAAUGGCGAGCCUUGGACAAAGUCGUGGCUGUCUCAUGAAUUCUUCACCAACGGCGGCACGCUCGAGUUGACUCUUGGAAGCGAAGAGUCUAAAUGGGGAUCCAAGGCCGAGGAUCGUCCCCCAAGCAUGAAGUCUGGUUCUACGAGUUCCAUGUCGAAGCAGUUUUAA